ACAGCGCGCGGAGGCGCCUCCCCAUUGGCCGGGCGCGCCGUCCGUCCGUGCCGCGCGCCGCCGCCGCCAUGGUGCGGUUCAAGAACAGGUACGUGCUCUGCGAGGUGGUCUCGGAGGACCCGCGGUGCCGGCAGUGCAUCGAGGACCGCGCGCUGGGCCUCGCCGUCAGAGACGCCAUCGCACGGGUGCAUGGGGACUACGGCCUGGCGUGCUGCUCUAUCUCCUUCACAGUGAAGUACCUGAACGCCUACACCGGGACGGUGCUGCUGCGCUGCCGCAAGGACUCGUACCGGCUGCUGUGCUCCGCGCUGCCCUUCGUGCGGUACCUGGAGAGCCGCGCCCAGCGCUACCCCUGCCACCUCAACACCCUGCACGUCGGAGGUACCAUAAGAACAUGCCAGAAAUUCCUGAUUCAGUAUAACAGAACACAGCUGCUGAGGUUGUUGCAAAACUGUACAAAUGAAGAGGAAAGACAAUGUAUACAGAAGUCCUUGCUGAGCUGUUCCCUUACAGAAGAACAGUCUCAAAGUGGAGAUGAGGAAGAGGAUGAUGGCACAGAGACAGACUGAAUGUCACUUGUUACUGUUCAUCUCUAUUCUGUACUUGUUUAAUCAAGAUGUGAUUGGUUAUCUUCAGUGUUAAACAGUGCAGGGGACUGGAAAAACAUUUGUUCAUAUUUAGACUUCAUUCCCCAUUCCAAAUGUUUUUAAACAAAAAUUAAAAAAAUAAAACAUUAUUUCAUUUAA